ACGCUGCUUUUGAAAAAGUCCUCUGAUUUGAGGCGGAGGGAAGAUUCAAAAUUAGAGCAACAGAAACGGCGAAGCCGAAACAGACGACAAUGAACAAACAAGCGAAGUUUAAAACCCCCCGCAGGCCCCCUGCUAAAAGGCCUCCCAACAACCAGAAAGACCCGGUUGGGGUUUACUGCCGCGUGCGGCCCCUGGGUGGGGAGGACGAGGAAUGCUGUAUUGAGGUGAUCAGCAGCACAACCAUCCAGCUUCACGCUCCUGAGGGCUUUAAGAUAAACCGCAAUGGAGAAUACAAAGAGACACAGUACUCCUUUAAAAAAGUAUUUGGAGUUUCUGUAUCUCAACUGGAGCUCUUUGAACAUGUGGCCAAACCUCUUGUUGAUGACCUAAUUCAUGGAAAAAAUGGUCUACUGUUUACAUAUGGGGUGACGGGAAGUGGAAAAACAUUUACCAUGACUGGCUGUCCAGGUCAGGGGGGCCUUCUUCCACGUUCACUUGACAUGAUUUUCAACACUAUUGGGCCUUACCAGGCAAAAAGAUAUGUUUUUAAGACGGAUGAUAAAAAUGGCAUGGAGGUUCAGUGUGAAGUUGAUGCUUUGUUGGAGCGCCAAAGACGGGAAAGCAACUUGUCUGUUCCUAAAACUCCCUCCUCCAGGCAAAAGAUUGAUCCUGAAAUUGCUGACAUGAUUAAGACAGAGGACGCCUAUAAAGCAGAUGGUGUGGAUGAAGACAGCAGCUACAGCAUCUUUGUCUCCUACAUUGAAAUCUACAACAACUACAUCUACGAUCUCCUUGAGGAAUCUCAGGAAGAUGCAAUAAAACCAAAGUGGAAUGGUGGAGGCACACCUGUGCGCCAGAACGCUGAGUUAAUGCCACCUCAGUCUAAAACCCUCAGAGAGGAUCAAAAUCACAACAUGUAUGUGGCUGGAUGUAUGGAGGUUGAGGUUAAAUCUGCAGAGGAAGCAUUUCAAGUAUUCUGGAGAGGUCAAAAGAAGAGGAAGGUUGCAAACACACGACUGAACAGGGAGUCUAGCCGCUCACACAGUGUGUUCAUUAUCAAACUAGCUCAGGCUCCUCUUGAUGCCGAUGGUGACAACAUUCUCCAGGACAAGAACCAGGUGACUGUUAGUCAGCUCUGCUUGGUGGACUUGGCAGGAAGUGAGCGCACAGGCAGGACGGGAGCAGAAGGCACUCGGAUACGAGAAGCAGGCAACAUUAAUCAAUCUUUGCUGAAUCUGCGGACCUGCAUUGAGAUACUAAGAGAGAACCAAAUGUGUGGAACUAACAAGAUGGUCCCAUACAGAGACUCCAAAGUAACCCACCUGUUUAAAAACUACUUUGAUGGAGAAGGAAAAGUCAGAAUGGUCGUUUGUGUCAAUCCCAAAGCUGACGACUAUGAAGAAACUGUGCUUGUGAUGCGGUUUGCAGAGAUGACCCAGGAGGUGGAAGUGGCCCGACCCGUGGACAGGCCCAUUUGUGGCUUUACUCCAGGCCGUCGUCAUAGAAACCAGGCAUUUAAAGAGGAGCUCUCUCGCAAGCUGGAGGAACGUGGUGGUCCAACAGAUAAAGAUGUGUCAUCUGCUAUAAACUACGUAGGACUCAGCCUCCCACCUUUACCAUUCUCUGAGCUUACUGACCCUCACGAUGACAUCACUCUGCCCCGGCUGAUUGAAGCUCUGCAGAACAGACACAGGAUCAGAGAAAUGAUGAUCGAGGACUACAACAAAGCAGCCAACUUGAUGAAGUCUAAGCUUCAGGAAGUGGACUCCAAUCUCAUUUCGAAAGACAACGUUAUUCACGAACAAAAUAGUAAACUGGCAGAGAAGGACAAAGUCAUCCAGAGCAACAAAGCAGAGAUUGAACGUUUAGAGAAAAAGACCAAGAUGCAAGAGCACAAGAUUGACAUCCUGCAAAAAACAACUAAAAUCUAUGAGGAUGACAAGCGUUCACUCCACAAUGAGCUGGAAACCAGGGAGCAGCGGCUGCAGAGAGAGCUGUCUGAAAAGAGACGCAUGGAGCAGCGCCUGCACGGCAUGGUCUCAGACACUCAGUACAAGUGGGAGAAAGAAUGUGAAAGACGUGUUAAUGCAAUGCAGCUUGAGAUGCAAAACAAGCUCUGGGUGAAAGACGAAAAGUUAAAGCAGCUCAAGGCUAUCGUUGCAGACAACAAAGCUUCUGAUCGUCCAAAUCCUCCACCCCGUCAGACCCAGACCCAGUCUCAGCCUAAGCCUCAAACUCAAUCUCAGCUGCAGCCUCCUCCUAAGCCUCAGCGACCUUCCAGAGAGGAGCGUCUCCCAGCAAAGAGAUCAGCCUCACCAUCACCUCUUCCUAGCCCUGUCGAUUCUCCCCAUGUCAGUCCAGUGCAAGGGUCACAGCCAGUCAGUGCCACUAAAGUUGAAGAGGUUGAGAUGAACCCAAGGCCCAUCUGUCCCAUCCCCAGCAGCAGUAGCUCUCUGUCUGUGGCUUACUCGAUUGCUUCAUGGGAGCAACGGGCAGCUCUGGACAACAGUCAGGGUUCCCAGUCCCCUAGUAAAUCUAAAAGAAUUCAGUUUCCAGCAGACUCUUCUGCCAACCAGGCCAAGAGGAGAGGAGAAUUAUGUGGUGGAGGGGAAGGAGUGUGCUGUUCCUCCCCUACAUUUGCCCUAGACAUAAUUGAGAGAAGCUACAGGACGACAACACCAGUGCGUCCCCUGCACCGUCGUUCCCGUUCUGCUGGUGGGGAGAAAUGGGUGGACCACAAGCCAUCCUCCAAUCUAGACUUGGGCACAGUCUUGCAGCCUGUCAUUCCCAAUGCCAUCCAGGUGUCUGCACCAAACGAGAAGGCCCUGUCGAAGUGUGACAGAUAUGUCUUAACACACCAGGAAGUGGCUUCUGAUGGCGAGAUACAGACCAAACUUAUUAAGGGGGAGGUGAUUAAAACCAGAGGAGGAGGACAAGCUGUUCACUUCACUGACAUUGAGACACUGAAACAGGAGCUCACUGCAGUCCCAAGUCGCAAGCGGAAAUCUUCAGAAGGCGUCCCGGCUAAUGGAAAUCAAUCAGAUGGAGCUUGGACUGAUGUAGAGACAAGGUGCUCUGUGGCUGUGGAGAUGAAGUCCGGAUCAAACAUGGGACCUGGAUAUGAGCAUCAUGGGAUCACAAAGCGCAGAAAACCCUGAAAGCUGCUGGUGGCUACGACAGUGAUCACUCCUCUUCUAUCCUCACAUGGCUGUUGUGCAAUAGUCUUUUUAUAUUUAGCUGUAGUCAUGAUAUUUAUACAUUUUUCAUGCUUUUAAUAUAUGCAAAACAUGCCCAGGCAUAGGUCACCAAAGCUUUUUGUAAAAUAUUUUUUGAUUCAAAAAGAAAGUGUUAAUGGACAGAGUCAAGUGUGGUGGAAAAUGUUGUCGCCCUUCACCUUCAGAAAAGAGAAGUUGGCACAUUGGGUGUGAAGGUGUCAGUCUUGAUAUUAGUCUUGCUAUGUACUGUCUGUCUAAUUGUUGAAUUAAGUUUCAAGUAUAGUUUAAAAUAUCAAAGUUUUUUUUCACUGUAAACUCAGGAGUAAAAUUCCUAUUGAGGCAU